AUGACACAUUAUACGCCAGCUGCGGAGUCCUUCGACGAUGGGGGGGGUGAUUCUCAUCCCUCUCCCGUUUCCGCAUGCGAGGCUCACUUGGGGAACCCCCCCCACACGGAAAAAGCGGAAGGGAGGGCCCCCUCCCGACGACAGGGUCGGGCGCGAUUCCAAACCUCAUCCGCACGGCCUCCUGUGGUGGAGGCCUACGGGGUGGGGACGGUGGGGCUGCACACCCUCACAGCCGUACCCAAAUACGUUGUGGGAGAAGGGGGUUCUUCUUCAUCUUCACCCCCGGCAGGUGCGGUGUACACCUCGGCCUUUUGCUGCGCUCUUCAAUGCGGCCACGACGAGGUUUGGGAGCGGAAAGAGGCCGACUACGCGCGGUGGCGGUAUCAAAAACUAAGCCGAUCACUUUACGCCAAGUAUAAUUCCAACUGGGGGAAGAACCACCAUCCUCACCACCACAAUGAGGAUAAGGACCCUGAGCGGCCGAUGACCGUCCCUACUAAGUCCUCAAAAACCCUUAAUGAGGCUGGGGCGCCAUCGAACCGGGACUCCGGGGGCUUUUUGAAAUCCAUGGGGAACCCCUUUUCGAUUUCCUUGACGGACGAUCGUAGUCGACCGCGAACGCCCGAACGAUGGCAGCGCCGUUUAAUGCACGCCCUCGAGGCGUCCCGGCGCGCGGACGAGACCAAACGCAUUGAGGAGGAGAAGGACUACGAGAUGGCGAUUCUCGAGGCGCGACGUUGCUACCUGCGUGGGAAGCCCUUUGAUUUGCCGCCAGCCUACUACGCAGUGGUUUUGGGCCUCAACAUGGAGGGGUCGCCGCCGGAGGAAGAGUUGACGAUCACCCCGGCUGAACAUUUCAGCGCGGUGCGGCUGCAGCGUGAACGAAUUCGCGAGCGCCGCGCGCAGACCGUCGAGGAGCUUCGCCAGUCGAACGAAAGGGCGCGCGGGGCGAUCGCCUCGUUGAUAGAGCAACUUGAUAACGAGGACAAGGCGAAGAACCGCGCCGCCCAGCGCUGGCGACGGCUUCGCAUGGUCGCGUCUAACAAAGAGGCGAUUCCUUCCCCUAUCCCGGAUAACGCGGUGAUUCCUCCCCUCACCCUGAAUAAAAUGGUGAUUCCCUCCUCCACCCCAGGGGAGGUUCCGAUCGACCACGAGAAUUUGCCGCUGCCGGUGAUCCAGCGAACGCCGGGGCGGACGCUCUUCAAUGAGUUUAAAAAAGGCUGGGAGCGGACAUUUCGCUCGCCAAACACGCCCUUGCCAAAUGGGGGUGAUGCGGGUUAUCGCCGGGCCUGGCUUCGGCAAUUAGAGCAGGACCACGUGGCGUUCGUGCGGGGGCUCGUCGCGAGCGCGCGGUGGACCUCCGCGGCGGCCCGGGAGAGCUCCCGACAGGGUCUUUUGGAGACCCGCACACGGUCGGCCGAGGCCCGGCGGACCUCCCAUUGGGCUCGCCACGGCCGUUUGCAGGACGCUGUGGAGGAGAGCGGGGCGUACAAAACGCGGCUUCACGACCGCCAUCGCCAUCUGCUGGCGGAGGUUCACGAGGUGGAGGAGGCGCUGCGGCGCGGUCGCCACCGCGCCGCCGUUGAGCAGCGGAUGGAGGAGAAACUCCACGAGGAGCAGAUUCGAUCGGUGGAGAUGGAGGAACUGGAGUGCUUGCGUGAGCGCGUCGCGAUGGUGCGCUCGUAG